AUUAACACCAAACAUUUUCACACAUUUAAGGAAAUAAAUAAUAUCACUUGCUCUUAAAAAAUAAAACUGCUGAAAGCCGGGGUUUUAAUAUAUAUAUAAAGAACAAAUCCCAAAUCACUUCCUUUUCAACAACUCACAAAGGGAACCGAUGUACACAGGUGUAAAGGAUACGAGGAGUCCCUAAUGUAGUAAGUGUAAUGUAUGUAUGUACACCCAUCAGGAAGAAGAGAGACCAGGACAUGAGGAAAUAAUUCAGCAGGUUGUAGGACAGUGGUAAGCUUUAGAGAGUGUAAUAAUGGCCGGAUUCCUGAUAACAUACGUGAGCAUGUCUUUGGUAAGUACAUUAAUGGCUUCGACAUCUUCAGAGCCUACAACUGGUUUUACGAUGAGUUCAGAGACAGAUGAAUCUUCUUACACUACAUUGGAGACGUUAACAACAACUACAGGAGCAGAGUCUACUGAACCUGAUUUAACAACAUCCUCCACAAAAAGUCCUGUGUCAGAAGCCAUCACAGACUUUUUAUCUUCAAUUAGCACAAAAACUAUACCAUCUACAAUAUCUGAAACAAGCAGUAACAUAACUACAGUGACAAGCAUCCAAACAACAAAGCCUGAUGUUCCCUCUGAGAACCUCAGUACCAGUACAAAGCAGACAACUCCUCCUUCUAUUCCUACUAAAGAAUUAACAAGUCGUAGCUUGAUAUCAACAACGAAAAGAAAUCCCCCAGCAUCCACUUUUCAAGUAGAUUCCACCACAUCGAAAUCCAUGGAAGCAUCGACAAUUAAUUCUUUAGAGGGACAAAUAAACGAACUGAAAUCCCAGAUUACAGAUCUUGAUCAAGAGAAAAGAACUCUUUUGAUAGCUGUGAUUGCUCUGGGAUCCGCUCUAUGCAUCUUCUUGCUUCUUAUAAUAGUGCUUUGUAUAAGAAAACGCAGGAAAAGAUUAAGAACUCCAUAUGAACAGUUUGAAAUUGAUGUUGUGGGCGGUCCAUACAUGACACGAGAGCCGGUAAUAAAACAAGAGGACAUUUUCAGGCCAAGCAUUGCAUCGUUAGGUGAUGAUCCAGCACAGGAUAACUUAAGGCUGGAGACAUUUUCCCGUGUAGAAGAAAACAAACAGCGUCUAAGUAUGUUACAAAUGAUAAAAGACGGACUGGUCACCUCUGAUCGCUAUACUUCUAAUCCGGAAGUACUUCCUGACGCUGCAGUAAUCAAAAACGUGGAUGAAGGAACUGUGAAAACAACAGAAUCAACAAAUGCUGGAGGACAUCCCAAUAGUGAAAAUACCACGCCAAAUAAAGAUCCUGCCAAUCCUGAGGAAAAUCAUAUCGGUAUAAGUACAGGAACAGUUGCACAGAAAGAAGACGCAGAUGAAAAACUUGUUUUGAAAUCAGUGGAUAAAAUGAAAGAAUCCGAGGCAUCUGUUGGACCUUUAAUUGAUUUAAGUGACGACAAGACAACAAUGAACCCUAAUGAACCUUUGAUUCAUACAAAUGAAAACUUUCCCCCGCCUGCCCCUCCACCACCAACAACGACAACACCAAUACCACCUCCAGCACCAUCACCCCCGCCCCCACCACCAGCACCGCCAACAACACAGGCAAUCACACCACCUCCCCCACCACCACCACCAUCACCAACAACACAGGCAAUCACACCACCUCCCCCACCACCACCUCCAGAAAUGAAUUAAUCAGGGAGCACACAUACAAGCUAAAGUAAAAUUCAAUGCAGUGAACGAUACAAAUAUAAAACAAAUGGCAAUAGGAUCCAUAAUGAAAGCAAGGAUAUUGUUGAUAAAAUAAUGUCAGUUACAUGAAAGGUUCCAAGGAAGCAUGUGUGGAAUAAUGAACUGAAUAUAAAAUAUAACCUACAAACAUUCAUGUAAUUUUGAAUUAUUUAGCCAAUUAUUUUGGUUCAAGUUUUCAAAAUGCAAACAGUUAUACCUUUCUUUGUUGCACGUUUCAGUCCUGUCAUAUUUUCACUUCCCGAAAUUCAAUAUUCAUUAAUUCAAAUUACAUUAAUUUGUAUCUCUUUUAAACUAAUUCUUUGCUGUUGUAACUAAAAUCAAGCAUUUGUUUUUUUACUCUUACUUUAGAGUUUUGAAAGAACAAGAGUUAAAUCUCAUUUUAUCUGGGAAGAAAUAUGAAAGAAAUUAAUUCUUUCAAAAUCUUCACAAUAGCAAAAAAAGCUAUGAUUUUGGCAUAUGGAUAUGGAAGCAUCCUCGGUUAGCGUACAUUAAUAUUUUGUUAUAUAAUUGUCUGUUAGAAUAGGGUGGGGCAAAAAUAGGAAACCAAAGUUUAUCCCUUGCUGUACCCAUAUCCUAUCCUUUAGGGACAUAUGGUCGCCCGCGUGGCGCACUGGUUAGAACGUCUGCUCUAGGGUCGUGUAGCAAGGAGUUGAUCCUUACGUCGCGGGUUCGAAUCCCAUUGUGGGACGUGGAGACCGGUCUUUCGUCGGAGACCAUAUAAACCGAGGUCCCUUGUCGCAGUAGGUGCUGGUAUGAAAAAAACACAUUCAUUGCUCAAUGGCCUUAAGUGCUGAGUAUAGGAUAAAAUUUGCAGCUCUCCACUGGCAAGUGUUGGUGCCCCUAUAUGAGUGAAAAAUUCUCGAGAGGGGCGUUAAACAACAUACAAUCAAUCGGGAUAUAUGAAUAAACAGAAAUCUGCACUAGCACAGGAUGCUUCCAUUUUGCUAUGACUUAUAUCACGGAUUUGUUGUUCUUGAAAAAAUUGAAAAAAGUC